UGAGGAAGCUGAUGUGUUAUUCCUUUUCUGCAUCGAAGGAUCAGGAAGUUUGUGCUCUCUGCGUGGCUGAGAAGUUUUUCACCUACUAGGACGGGGGUGGGGUGGGGAAAACAGGUGUCCUCCUGAAAUAGAGCACAAGCUGCAGCCAGAGUCCAACUGUAACCCAGGGGUAACAUCAGUUACAACGUUAAAGACAUUGUGCUAGUUGCUAUGGAGAAUAUAAAAACCCAAGAAGACAUUAUUCCUGCCCUCAAGAAGUUUACAGUUGAGAGACAGCCAUACCAAAAGAGAAACUAUAUUAAAUACUUUAAAGGAAAAACAAGUGAGAAUGACCACAUUAACUCACCGAACCCGUCGCACUGAAAUAAGCAAGAACUCUGAAAAGAAGGUAGAAAGUGAGGAAGAUACUAAUCAAGAGAGGAGUCCAGAAAAUGAAGAUUCUGGAGACUCUAAGGAUAUUCGCCUCACCCUUAUGGAAGAAGUAUUGCUCCUGGGACUAAAAGAUAAAGAGGGUUAUACAUCUUUCUGGAAUGACUGUAUAUCAUCUGGCCUGCGAGGGGGCAUCCUGAUAGAACUAGCCAUGCGGGGUCGAAUCUCUCUGGAACCCCCCACCAUGCGUAAGAAGCGACUACUAGACAGAAAGGUGCUGCUAAAGUCAGACAGCCCAACAGGUGAUGUUUUACUGGAUGAAACUCUCAAACACAUCAAAGCAACCGAACCCACAGAAACUGUCCAAACAUGGAUAGAGCUUCUCACUGGUGAGACCUGGAACCCCUUCAAAUUACAGUACCAGCUGAGAAACGUACGAGAGCGAAUUGCAAAGAACCUAGUAGAGAAGGGUAUUUUAACCACUGAGAAGCAGAAUUUCCUGCUAUUUGACAUGACUACUCAUCCUGUGACCAAUACAACAGAGAAACAGCGACUAGUGAAAAAACUUCAAGAUAGUGUACUAGAGCGGUGGGUAAAUGACCCUCAGCGGAUGGACAGACGAACGCUAGCACUCCUGGUGCUAGCCCACUCCUCUGAUGUGCUAGAGAAUGUCUUCUCCUCUCUGACAGAUGACAAAUAUGAUGUGGCAAUGAAUAGAGCCAAGGACCUAGUAGAACUGGACCCUGAAGUGGAGGGGACAAAGCACAAUGCUACAGAGAUGAUCUGGGCUGUGCUGGCUGCCUUCAAUAAAUCCUAGAGCCAGCCAAUGGGUUUUUUCAUUUUACCUGCUGUCUGGUGACUUUCAGAGACCCCAUCACUGAGUUUGGUGUCCUGAAAUGUUUUCAUCAUUUUUUACUCCUUCUUUUGGUCAGAUUCAUGAUUUGGGGAGAGCAAUUUUAGGGCUUCUCCAUAUGCCUUGACCAUUAUAAGCAGAUGUUAUUUCUCCCUAAACUUUCACUCUAUAGAUGAAUACACUGGGUGAGCCCACACACACCCAAUAAACAUUUUUCUCCCAUUUCUUGGUUUAAUUUCAUCCAUUGUACUUUUGGAUAAAUAGGGUUAUGAAUAUCUAAGUGGGGUUUCAUGUUCUUCUACAGCAGAAUGUGAAUGAGAUGAAGAGCAAACCAUUUAUUAUAUUUUUCUAGGUUUGUUUUCUAUCUUAAAUACAUGUUACAUAGUCUUUUAUCUCUCAGAUUCAGCUAAAUAAUAUAGCUUAUUGAAUUAAUUGUCUUUGAAUGAGUAGCAGUGGAAACCAAACUAAUUUUUAAGCAGAUGGUUUCUGAGAUUGUAUGUCCUGCCAUUGAUUUUUUUAUCUUCCUUUUUCUAACCUAAUGAAAAUUUCCCACAUUUGAUUACCUGGGUCCUACACUCCUAUAGCCAGAAAUAUAUCCUAUACACCCUUUUAGAAAUCAUGCUCCUUCACUCAAUGUGGGGGCUGGGGAUGUGGCUCAAGUGGUAGCGCGCUGGCCUGGCAUGCGUGCGGCCCAGGUUCGAUCCUCAGCACCACAUACAAACAAAGAUGUGGUGUCCACCGAUAACUAAAAAAAAAGAUAAAUAAAUAAAUAUUAAAAAAAAAAAAAAAGAAAAGAAAAAAUGUGUCACAACCACCACCUUCAUGGAAUCAGCAUUAUAAUUUGAAGAGGAUAGAGGUGGCCUAAGAAUUUCCAUCCUUUAGCACAGGACUGUCCUAUUUCCUCUUAGUCUGCUAUAAGCCUGACAUGGUGGCACAAACCUGUAAUCCCAGACACUGGGGAGAUUGAGGUAAAAGAAUGGCAAGUUCAAGGCCAGCCUAAUCAACUUAGAUCCUGUCUCAAAGUAGUGGUCUGAGGAUAAAGUUUAGUGGUUGAGUGCUUGCCUCACAAGGCCCUAGGUUCAAUCCCCAGUACUACAAAUAAAUGAAUGUAUAUAUGUCUCUGCUCUGAUUGAACUGAGAAAUUGUUUCAGUUACCAAAUAGCAGCACUCUGAAUCCAGGCUGUAUAUCCAAACUCCACAUGCUCUUGUUCCCUUUUUUGGGUUUCUACACAAAUUGAAAAGUUUAUCUCCUCCCUCAAAUGUAAAAUUCCUAAUAAUUCCUCAACUCAACACUUUGUUUUCACUUCUGGUUUUUCUUAGGUGCAUAAAGAUUUAAUUGUAAUAUGAAACAAAUUUUAAAUGAGAGGCUAAGUAGAGUUUCAGUCUGUCUCUCCAAAAUUACAAAAGCUAGUCAUGUACCACCUGAAGUAACUUUUCUUUCUCUAAUUAACAAUUCGGCAUGAAUUGAAACCACGUUUUCCUGUGGAAUGUUUCAGUGUGAUUGUGGGGUAGAAGUUGAGUUCUUUCUUUGCGACUCUUUAGUGUUUAUUUUUAUCUUGUAUCUCAAUAAAAUGAGGAUGUCUUGAGUUCAAAUCUGCAUAAUGUUCAUUGCCAAACACCUUCCUAUUUAAUUCAUAUGACCUUCACAUUUCUAUAUAAUAAAGAUCAAUUAUUAUA